CUAGUGAUUUCAAGAGCCAGGCUUUAAAAUGGCGGCAUUCAUUAUACACCCAUGCUAAAACCUCUGCCAGCAGUCUGUCCGUCUUGCUUACUGCUGCUUCUGCUUCUUACAUAUGGCAUUCUGCAGCUGAACGCAGAGUCUGCUGGGAUUUGCUAGAUCAGCAUAAAGCAAAAGGUUGCUGAAACGUGCCUUUCUCGAAGUCAACGCUGCUUGGAUUGCUCUGUAGUGCUGCCUUUCCCAAUUUUUUUCUUUUCUUUUUUUUUCUCUUUUUUAUUUUAAUGUGCCGUUGUUUGCAGGCCAUACCUAAAGCAACUAGUCUAGCCUAUUAACAAUUCUAUCAGCCCCCUUUCGCAUAGUAUAAAGAAAUAAUUAAAUAUAUAUUUUUCAUAAGUACCACAUCUGUGCCCAAUUUUAUUAUUAUUUGAUUCAUUAAAAAAACACCAAACUGAUAUCCUGCCUGUGAGUUCACAAGAAAAUAGAAACUGUUCAUUUGAAACCACAGGAUCCUUUGAAAUAUCUGCUAGUUAUAUCCCGUUUAUUUCGGAACUGGCAAAGAAGUUAACAAAGUUCAACAUUUGCACUUUUUUUGAGAGCUGGCCUCUAUGUAAAUUUAUUUUUAUUCCGAUUUAUCUGAGAUAAGGUCUAUUUUACAAUUGGAUUUUUAUGUUUUCAUCUUGUUUUAAGAAACACAGUCUGACUUUGUAAUAAAAAAACAAACAAAAAAAAACAACUAAAAACCUAAGUGCUGAAAAGUGUUUUUUUUUAUUUUUUACCAAAGCUUCAAGAUAAUUCUUUUAUUAACUUAAACUUGAAUCCAAUCCCCUUUUGUUUCUUUGUUUUGAGAGAACAAAGAUUGUAUUUCAACAAGAAAGUAUUUUCCUAUAUUUUGGGAAUCUGUCUGCAGUAUGGCAGUUAACGUUUCUCUUGUACGUGACACAAAAUGGCUGACCUUGGAAGUAUGCCGAGAGUUCCAGAGAGGCACUUGUUCAAGAUCAGACGCAGAGUGCAAAUUUGCUCACCCGUCUCGGAGUUGCCAUGUGGAGAAUGGACGAGUCAUUGCCUGUUUUGACUCCUUAAAGGGUCGAUGUUCGAGAGAAAACUGUAAAUAUCUACACCCUCCCCCGCACUUAAAAACCCAGCUAGAAAUCAAUGGACGGAACAACCUUAUACAGCAAAAGACAGCCGCCGCAAUGCUCGCACAGCAGAUGCAAUUCAUGCUCCCAGGCGCACAGCUACAGCCAAUCACCACAUUCCCUGUGACUCCAUCGCUUGCAACUAGCCCAUCCAUGGCUUUCAGCCCAUACCUAAGUCAUGUCUCCCCAGGCAUGGGCUUGGUCCCUGCAGAGCUUCUACCAAAUACACCUGUGCUGGUCUCUGGAAACCCUGCUGUUAACGUGCCAGGAGGCUCUGCUGGGCAGAAGCUGGUACGCACAGACAAACUAGAGGUUUGCAGAGAGUUCCAGCGCGGAAACUGUACCCGUGGUGAGAACGACUGUCGUUAUGCUCACCCCAUUGAUCUUGCUAUGAUCGACACGAAUGAGAACACUGUAACAGUCUGCAUGGAUUACAUCAAAGGCCGAUGCUCUAGGGAGAAAUGCAAGUACUUUCACCCCCCUGCGCACCUGCAAGCCAAAAUAAAGGCAGCUCAGCACCAGGUGAACCAAACAGCCGCAGCUGCCAUGGCCCUGCAGCCUGGAGCACUUCAACCCUUACCAAAGAGGCCAGCGCUUGAAAAAAGUAACGGGGCCACCACGGUUUUUAAUCCGAGUGUUUUCCACUAUCAACAAGCUCUAGCCAAUAUGCAGUUACAACAACACACAUUUAUCCCUACAGUAGACCAUGUUGAAAUUCUAAACAGCAGAAUUGUGGAGCACCAGAAUUUGUCUGUGGGAAGCUGCACUUGGCCUUUCUGUAAAUACUCUCUUCUGACAUCGUCUGCCACCGCUACAGUAAGCCUGCUGCAGCCUUCAUGUUAACCAAAAAAAUUCAAAACCAUGGGAAUGUCUGAAAACAGCACUAUGAAAAAAUAAAAUAAAUAUAUAUAUAAAAAAUAAUAAAGGAAAAAAAAACAAUCUCAUAAAACAGUUAUAAAAGUAGGAUACUAUAAUAGACUUUUGUAAUACAUUUACUUUUAAUACAUGUAAUCAUUCUAUGUGUACCAUUCUAAUGGAGUACACACAGUGGACAAAUAGUUUACUGAAUAUUGUUUGAUGGAUUCAUGUUUAAAGUGUUAACUUACUGUUUUGUUUACAUUGUAGUCAAUUCAUUUUUUAUGUGUGCAUCAUUAUCAAGUAUACCCAAGAUGUUUUUUGUUUUUGAUUUUUGUUUUGUUAUCUCAUUGUGCUUAAUAAGUGUUGUUGUUUUUUUUGUAAUAUUUGUGGUAUUAUGCCAAACAGGUGACAAGGUGGUUUUGAAAGGAGUCAAAAAUAUAUUUUAAGGACUUAUCAGCCCCUCCUUUAUGAAAGGAGGUUAAUGAAUGAAUAGAUUAUGAUUUUAAUUUUUUUAAAGGACAUAUUUUUUAAAACUUUUAAAAAUGAUGUCUGUAUGUGUGGGAACAAAACUAUAAAAAAAAAUAUACAAACGGUUUAUAUCAUAAAUGCCAUUAUAAAUGGAUUUUUGGUUUUUAUCAUUUUAUUUUCAAAUGAACCCUAUUCAGUAUGUUGUGAACAUGUCUUCCCAUUUCUGCAAGGUAGUGUCUGUAACUUUUCAGGGUAAAACCUUGCCUAACAUUCAAAUUCUUUACAGAUGAAGGACAGCUUUAUCUUGAAGGCUUUGUUUUGUUUUUAAAUUGUCAAAUAUGUCUUUUUUUCAAAGCACACCAGAAAGCUACUUGCGGAAUUUUAAAUUCAAUGCACUUCAUUUCAAAACCUAUAAAAGCUAAGUCUUCUGAUCUCCGCUGCUGAGCUCACAGGGACAGGUGAAAGCAUUGGGCAAUACCACUGUUGUCUCUCCAUAUCCAAUGUCCCCAUCCUUAUGAUGCAAGGAAGAAAAACAUAACGUGAGACUGAAACAUGCAGCUCUAUUAGAUCACUGUGCCAUUAGCCCUAUGAUGGGUUUUGUAAAGAGCAAAAUUGACAAUUGUCUAGGGGCCAAUGAGAUGCACCUCUGCUAGCUAUUCAUCAAACUGUAUGUCUUGUGCAGGCUAGCAGCUAAGUACUAGCCAGGGUAUAAGACAUGGGGUUCAUGGGUAUUCUGUAACUGAUGCCAGCAUAGAUGUUAAUCCAUCCCUGCAGCAGAUAGCAAGUCAUUCAGUAUGCAUGAUAGAUGUAUGUUACUGCUGCAUGUCCUGGGUGUAAAAAGAUAUGUGGUGCACUUAUUUUAAUGAUUAGCAAGUACUAAUUAAUUUAUUGUAAUAGUCAAUAAAAUGAAUUACUUAUUUUAACCAGUUUGCUUUUAUUGGCGACCAAGUACCACUCAAAUGGGAAGACAGCAUUACCAUAUACUGAAUAAACAAUGUCAAGGUCUUAUAUGCCCAUACAUUCUAUUCCCUCCUUCCUUAUACAGCGCACAGCUGAAAAUCACCUGAUAUAACUAAUAUUGUUUCCCUUUAAAGCAGUCUAUAUAGUUCAUUUCCUCUGAGACAUUUCUAAAACAUCAACGUUAAAAUGUUGUCGACCCCUCUUUACUUUUAAAACACAGAAACAAAAGCAACAUUUUAAAGGUUUUAAGAAAACCUCUGUAUCAAACUAAAUGUAAUAUUCAUUCAUAUUUUAGACACUUUUUAAAUUCUGUCACUUUGAUUCCUGUUUUCCAGAAUACUACUAAAUUUAUUGUAACAAAAAAGUGAACUAAUUAUAGUAUUUUUUGUUAUCAAAAUGAGUUUUGCACAACCUGUGCCAGUGCCUCAAUAAGGAAGAGUGUGGUUGAACCAGAGCGGAUGUUUCCAAAUGGUUUAUGGCUUUGUGAAUUUAAGGGAUGAUAAAAAUGUUUGUUUUUUUUAGUGCUAAAUAGUUUUAUUUCAUGUUCUGACACCUUAUUGUAAUGGUUUUUCUAUAUAAAUAUAUACCUGUAUAUUAAACAUCUGGCAAAGAUGUAUAUAGAAUGUAAACUUAGAGGUUUUUUCAGUAAUAGUCAUCAUCAGUGAGCAGGAAUUAAUAAUAAGUUGAUCAGUUAAGACUUUAGAUACCAGCUGCCAUGCUGUUUCAUCUUAUUAUUUUUAUAAUAAAUAAUUUGAUAAGGGGGUUUUCUUGGAUUUAAACUACAACAUUUUGAUAACCUCUCAGAGGGGCUGCCAGACAUAAACCAGCAUGAAGUCAUGACAAUAACGCUGCAGUCACCAGUACAGCGAUCUGAGAACUGUUUCCAUAGAAAUAUACUCAUAUAAACAAUUCCCACUUCAUUCCACGUAGGGUAGGAAAUCUAAGGCUCUUUGGAGUAGUCAUUAUUAAUGUAAUCUUUGUGGGAGUUCUUUGAUGUAUAUUACUGCAGUUAACCCACUAUAUAUAUAUAUAUAUAUAUAUAUAUAUAUAUAUAUAUAUAUAUAUAUAUAUAUAUAUAUAUAAAUUGUGGGUGAUGAUCUGUAUUCACACUCAGCAAAAUCCACCAGGGAGCAGGUACCGCAAUAGGUAACCACUAAAAUUACUACACUCAAUGGAUUUGUAACAAAAAUAUAAAAUAUCACUUUAUAAAAUGUAUUUUUUUUGUUACAAGUGCAGUAAUUGUUGUGCCUCUAUUUAUCUCUCUUUAUAUAUACAGUAUAUAUAUAUAUAUACAUACACACACUUAUGUGUAUGUAUUUACUAUAUCUAAAGAGAAUACAUGUUAAACAAGACAUAACUCCUGUAGGAUUCACUUACAUUGAAAAAUGAUCUAACCUCACUUAAAGGGCAUGAAAAUAAGCAUAGAUGUUAUACUGAAGAACUUCAAUAAGAGAUAUUCAGGGUAAAUUUGCCAGGAAUCAAAACGUUCUUAAAUGUUUCUGGUGGAAUUCCAAUUGUAAAUAUAAGAAUUGAGAGUUUGAAGCACUAAAUUCCUCAACAAAACUGAAAACUUGAGGCAAAAGAGAAAAAAAAUGCCUUUUUGAGGUAGCACUAAAGAGUUGCGCAAUGACUCAAACAUUCUAUGUUCAUAGAAACAUAACUAUAUAUAUAUAUAUACGUAUAUAUAUAUAUGUCGCCGGACUUUAAACGUCCUGAAUUUGUUCCUUUUAUUCCCUUUUUAAGUCACAAAAUCAGUGACUCUAAAAAUGUUUUUGGAUAUGUAAGUGCUUUAUGUUUAAAAAAAAAAAUCAAUAUUAAUUAUUUUUUUUAGUCCUCUUGUUAUUUAUCCAAAGUUAUUUCUGUUUGUCCAUUUCUCUCAGCCUUAUGCAAUGAAUAUGCAAGAAUGCUGACAUUUGGAUAUAACGGGUCUUUAGGAGGGAAUAACCUUGUAACCUUAACUUAUUUUGGCUUUCACAAGUCAUGUUAAGAUAAUUGGCUCUGAAUGGUAAUGUAAUUAGAUGUGAGUUAGUGAGUUUCAAAAUGAAAAAAAAAAAAAAAGUGAAAAAAAAAGUACAGUGUUUUUUUAAAAUUUGUAACAUAUGAUUUUUAAUUAUCAGCCAUAUUUUUAAUUUGUAAUUAGAUUUGCAAUUGCAUCAGUCUUUUAGGACAGGAUAUAAAACACACCAGUAUAAGGACUGGUAAAGAAAUUAAAGUAUUUCUAUUUUUUUUUAAUAAAAAAAUAAAUAAAACUCUGUUUUCAUUAGAGACAAAAUAAGUUUUUAGUGAACAUUGUUGACAGAAUACAUAUUAUUGCCCUUUGUAAUAAUAUACAUUUUUUAGUUAUUAGGAAAUAUUUGGGUUUCUUUUUUAAGACCUUUAAUUACAAAUACCUCAAACAUAUAUUUCUGUUCAUCAUAUAACAACAUAAGUGGGUCAUGCAUCCAUUUCAUUUUCAUGGCUCUUAGUCAUGUGACCACUGUUUAUUGAUCACAUGAUUUAGUGAUGUUGAUGCACUAGAGAAAAGCAAGUAUUUUUCUCUCCCAUCAAUGGCCCCCUUAAGCCUCUAAUCAUAAGUUCUUAUGAAGUAAUCAGGUUCGCAGGGCACGCAGAAGGUAUAAGUAAUUGUUUAUUAGAACCACCAAAUUAAGACAGCAUUUUACUCCUGGCUCAUGGGUAGCAGAUGGAUUUCUGUCUUAAUCUCAUAACAGGCUAGAAAGCAAAAUACCCAGUUUUAUAUAAAUCCUAUACUAAAUUUAUUUAAAAAAAAAAAAAAACACAGCAGGGAUUAUACAUGCAUUUACACUUGAAUGUUCAAACUUCUUAAACCUUAAAGGGACACUGAACCCAAAUGUUUUCUUUUGUGAUUCAGAUAGAGCAUGACAUUUUAAGCAACUUUCUAAUUUACUCCUAUUAUCAAACUUUCUUCAUUCUCUUGGUAUCUUUAUUUGAAAUGCAAGAAUGUAAGUUUAGAUGCCGGCCCAUUAUUGGUGAACAACCUGGGUUGUUCUUGAUGAUUGGUGGAUAAAUUCAUCCACCAAUAAAAAGUGCUGUCCAAAGUCUGAACCAAAAAAAAGCUUAGGUGCCUUCUUUUUCAAAUAAAGAUAGCAAGAGAAUGAAGAAUAAUUGAUAAUAGAAGUAAAUUAGAACGUUGCUUAAAAUUCCAUGCUCUAUCUGAAUCACAAAAGAAAAAAAAAUGGGUUCAGUGUUCCUUUAAAUAAAAUAGAAGAUGAGCUGAAUGCUAGAAAAUGCCAGCUUAAUCUACAUGGAUAGGUCAAUGUUCUUUCUUCUUCCUGGCCUGCGAUGUAAGACUCUUUUAUACACUGAUGCUGCUGUGUGUGUAAAAUUACAGUGAGGAACUCCUUAAUAUGCACAGUCCUCAAGCUGUCACUAGGAUCAUUUGAUCUUUUAACAAAUUUUGAAAGAAAAAUUGGAUUGAUGCAGUGCAGUCUUCAUUUUUUAACGGUAUUUAUUUUGGUUUGAUUGUCCUUGGAAUGUUAUUAUUUGGUCUGGAACUUGGCAUUUUACAUUACUGCACAUCUGUUAUUUGUGUUUGCUCUUAAAGAAGUUCCUCUUAUAUCCAAGAUGUGAUCAGGAUCCUCAGAAUGUAUUUACCUUUAUAACUGGAGAAAAUUAGCUAAUGUCUCUUGCCCUUUAAGGCUGAGAAUUCAGUGUUAACCAAUUAGUAGACUUAAGACAUGCCUGUAGUUUGAAAGCAAAGAUCCUGAUAUCGUAAAUGCAGCUAGUUACACAUUUUAAAGGGACAUGAAACCCAAAUUUUUUCUUUCAUGAUUUAGAAAGAGCAUGUCAUUUUAAGCAACUUUCUAAUUUACUUCUAUUAUCUAAUUUGUUUUAUCCUCUUAAUAUUCUUUGCUGAAAAGCAUAUUUAGAUAGGCUCGGUAGCUGCUGAUUGGUUGCUGCACAUAGAAGCUUCAUGUGAUUGGCUCACCCAUGUGCAUUGCUUUUUCUUCAACUAAGGAUAACUAAAAAAUUAAGCAAAAUAAAUAAAAGAAGUAAAUUGGAUUGUUGUUUAAAUUUGUAUUAUCUAUCUGAAUCAUGAAAGAAAAUUUUUGGGUUUAGUGUCCCUUUAACUAUGUAACCAAAUUUUAAUAUUCUUUAUUGCAAAUAUGAUAACAUUUGCAUCAGUAUUGUUUAAAAGAAACAGAACAUUGUAAUUAAUAUAAGCAUAAUUAAAAGAUAAGUACUCAGAAACCCUAAAUAUAUAUAUAUAUGAAAAAAUAGUAGUUUGAUAACAUAUUUACUUCAUCUUCACAUAAAAAUAUGGUAUAUUCGUCCAUAAAUAAGCUGAUUUUUUAAUGUUCUUGGUGAUUAUGAUUAUUUUGAAUCCAGUGUAAAUAUACAAAUAUAUGAAAUCUACAAAGAGAUUACUGUUAGCUAUAAAUAUGGAAUUCAUAACAUAUUUUCAUUUACCUACUGUUAGAUUUAAGAUAGAGUUUUCUGUUCAUUAUAUAACAUUUAAUAUCUGUAGUAACUAAUGAUUUAAAAUUUGAAGGAUUGGAGCUAUUUUUUGUUGUUUUAACACACAUACACACACACAUAUAUAUAUAUAUAUAUAUAUACACACACACAAAUUCAUAUUAUUUAUGCUAUACGGUUCACACCAGAGCAUGAUAAAGUAUAGAUAACUAAAUAGUUUGCAUCAUUUACAGAAUAAGAACAAGCUUAACAUGGUAUAUAUACUCCUGCAAUGAUAGAUUCAUUGUUACAUAAUUAUUUUAAGUUCUUGUUGCAAUGGCAACAAAACCACAACAUGGCUACCUUUUUUAUAAAUUUUAUAAAUAAAUGAAGUGAUGUGUAUCAGUAAGAGUUUGAUAACGGUACAAUUUAAUACUGCUAAACAGAGAUAUCAGUGAGUAUGUUUAGACCCCCAAGCACCACAUAAAAAGAUGCUUUCACUAAAGACACUAUACAAUUUUAGGCUACAAAUUGCCAAUGGGAAUUUUCAGCCAGAUCAACCAAUGUUUUGUGAUAUAGGGAACAAAACACUCCAUUUAUUUAUUUACACAUUUAAAGGAAGCUUGCGCUGCAAACAUUUUCUGUCAGCCAAGAUGUAGAAUUAAAAAUUAAACUUUGAUGAUUCAGGUAGAGCAUGAAGUUUUAAACAAUUUUCCAGUAUACUUCUAUUAUCUAAUUUGCUUUGUUCCUUUGUUGAAAAAGCAUACUUAGGAGCACCAAUGCACUGAUGGGAACUGGUUGAUGGCUACACUUAUAUGCUUCUUAUCAUUGGCUCACCAGAUGUGUACAGCUAGCUCCCAGUAGUGCAUUGCUACACCUUUAACAAAGGAUGCCAAGAGAAUGAAGCAAAUGUGAUAAAAGGAAAGUUGUUCAGAAUUGUAUGCUCUACCUAAACAUGAAAGAAAGACUUUGAGUUUCAUGUCCUUUUAAAAGAGUGUGGGGACGAUUUAUCAUGUGUUUGACAGACAUCAUGUCCACCAGACAUCGAUAAAUGCUGACAGCAUACAUCAUUGCACAAGCAUUCCUUGUGAAAUGCUUGUGCAAUGCCGCAACCUGCAGAUUCGCGGCCAAUCUAAUGUUAAUCCACCCGAUUGUAUGCGAUUGGGCGGAUUGCUGUCCACCGCCUCAGAGGUGGCAGACGAGUUAAGGAGCAGCGAACCUGUUACCGGCGAGCCUAAAGGCUUGUGCGCAAACAUAUGUAUUUGGCUCAAUACGGGGGGGGGGGAGGGGGAAUAAAUCGCCCCCUAUGUAUUUAAUAUGACAACAGGUUUGUUUUUUUCUUUUGCAUGACAAAGUGUUCUGUUUGUAAUCCUUCACCGUGAGAAUUGCACUCUGUUUCUUUGUAAAUGCCGUGGUUGAUUUAACAGAACUAUGAACAGUCGAAUUAAAGGAGAAGAUAGAUGUGUAUGUUGUUUUAUGAAAGGAAUGUGUAAUAAGACUUCAGCUAAUUUGUUUUUGUGAGUAAAAAAAAACUAAAACAUUUCAACACCUUUAACCCAUUCCAGUCGGUACUUAUUUGUUACAUCGGAAAGUUCUGAUGUAAACAAAUGAGUAAAAAAUUGAAAUCACGCGAUCGUGUGAUUUUAAAGAUUUGAUCGGGUUAGGGGGGAGUUCCUAUUACGCUAGGCUUGCCCUCCAGCCCAGUUAGAAGCCAUUACUGCUUAAGUACAGCAGAACAGCUAGGACAUUCCAUGCCGUCCUAACGGCGCUAAAGCCCAGCAUGGUUAGGAUGGCAUGGAACGUCCUAACAGUGGGAGGGGGUUAAAACAUACUCUGUUAAAAAUAUAAUAUAUCAUUUGUUAGCCCCAUGUAUAACACUUUUAUGUAAAGCAUCAAUAUAAUUUUAUAUAUAUAUAUAUUUGUAAUCUAUGACUUUUAUGCAAUUAUAGUGAUUUUUUUCUUUUAAUAUUUUUAACAUUUCCAUGCUGUUUUUCGUAUAAAUUUGGUGGACAGUAACAAUGAACCAAGAAACAAACACCUUAAAAUAUUUCAAUAUGUUUAGAUUACAAAUUAGCUACACACAUUUUUUUGGAGGAAUUUGCAACAUUCAGUUGAUAAAUGUUGCUUUCUAUUAGUUAAAUAAUAACCAUGCACUCGUAUGCUAAAGUAAGUAUUGUUCCCAACUGUUUAAUUGCUUAUAUAAUGCAGCAUGUUUUUUAAGAGGAUUACUGUAUAAACAGUUAAAACAAGUUAGGUGGUUAAAAGUAUAAAAAUGAGGUAGAAAGAUGUCAACAGAGGUUAACACGGAAUAGAAUCAGAGGAAGAAAAUAAUUAUUUAAAGGGACACCAUUUAUUGUUUCACAUAAAAGAGGGAAUUUAGAAAAAGUAUUCUGCACAAGUUUUAAUACUAGUGUGGGCUUGUUAAUGUCCAUCAAUAGAACCGUCAGCCAGUGAAGAAUCUUUUCCUAGGGAUGGAUUCUUUAAGAACAGGCACUUGUUAUUAGUUUAACCCUUUAAGGACACAGCUUUCAGUUUGCUCAAUUGUUUUAUGACGGAAAAAUUCCGUCAUAUGUCCUUAAGAGGUUAAUUACCAAUUUAAACAAAAAUAAUAGGAGAUGGGAAUAAUUUGCAAGAAUGCAAAAUUAUAAGGACCUGGCAUGUGUGUGAGGCAAUGGCAUCUUUGGCACUUUUAAGCAAUGAAUUGAAGCCAUUUUUGCUUUUUUGGGUGGCCUUUAAAUUAAACUAAGUAAAGAACAGGAAGCAAGAAUGUGUGUGAAUAACAUAGAAAGAACAGUUGAAGAAAAAGUAGCAAAAUGCACCACACAGGAUCACUACAAAGUAGUACAGUAUAGCCACUUUGUAAACAUUAACAAAACGUGGACAAUUACAGCAUAAGAAAUGUUAAAUAAACAGAGACACAGAUUUCAAAUAUGCAGUUUAAAGAGAUAUGAUAUGACAGAGCAUACCAUUUUUUUAAAAGGUUUUCGAUUUACUUCUAUUAUCAAAUUUGCUCUUGCAAAACUGCUGCCAUAUAGUUCUCCAGAAAUGGGCCGGCCCAUAAUGGAAGUAAAUAAGAAACAUGUUUAAAAUCACAUGCUUUAUCUGAAUCAUGAAAGAAAAAUGUUGUUUUUCAUAUUCUUUUAAAGGAUUAUGAAACCCAAUUUUCUUUCAUGAUUCAGAGAGAGCAUGCAAUUUUUAACAACUUUCUAAUUUACUUAUGGGGGCCAAUUUAUGAAGCAGUCAAUGCUGCUUAUUCUGCACGAGCCUCGGAAAUGUAUGUUAAGAAGCUGCUCAUUAACUCGUCCGCCACCUCUGAGGUGGAGGACAGCAAUCAUCCCAAUCGGAUAUGAUCGGGAUGAUUGACACCCUCUGCUAGCGGCCGAUUGGCCGCGAAUGUGCAGGGAGCGUAAUUGCACAAGCAUUUCACUAGAAAUGCUUGUGCAAUGAUAAAUGCUGACAGUGUAUGCUGUCGAUAUUUAGCGAUGUCGGGCGGACAUGAUCCACUACAGCAGAUCAUGUCCGUCCAACAUUUAAUAAAUCAGCCCCAUAGUGUAAAAAAGCAGGGACAUAAGCUUAAAGGGACACUCAGGUUAAAUUAAAUUUUCAUGAUUGAGAUACAGCAUGUAAUUUUAAACAAUUUUCCAAUUUACUUCCAUUAAAAAAAAUGUGCACAGUCCUUUAUAUUUACAAUUUUUGAGUCACCAGAUCCUACUGAGCAUGUGCAAGAAUUCACAGACUAUACGUAUAUGCAUUUGUGAUUGGCUGAUUGCUAUCACAUGGUACAAGGGGAGUGGAAAUAUACAUAACUUUGAAAUUUGUUAUAAAAAAAUCUACUCAUUUAAAGUUCAGACUAAGUGCUAUUUCAUUGUCUUGUUAUCUUGCAUUUGUUGAUUAUGCAAAUCUAAUGUGUUGACUGGUCCUUUAAGAGCCGGCCUAUUUCUUGAGCACUAUACUGCAGCAGUUUUGCAAGAGCACUAGAUGGCAGCACUAUUUUCUGCUAUCUAGUGCUCCAGAUGCCUACCUAGGUAUAGCUUAAACAAAGAAUACUAUAGGAACAAAGAAAAAUGAACAAAAGAAGCACAUUGCUCUGUCUGACUCACAAAACAUUUUUUUGGGGUUUCAUAUCUCUUUAAAAAAUAAGUUGUAUUGAUGCUAUUACUCUAUCUGCUUAUGCUCACUGACAACUCAAAUUCUAAACAAUGAUAUAGCCUUCAGCUUUAGUGAAAGACUUUGUAUACAGAGUUAGUAAUAAAAUUGCUGUGAGUUUACAGAGAGAAUCAUUUAGUGAAUACCACGACAUUCACCUCACAGAUCACACUUUAAGCAAUCUAGGCCUUUGCUGCACCAUCUGAUAAUAAAACAAUAGAGCACAUGGAGGCCGACUAUUACUCUAGAUGUUAAGAAAGGAGUUUCGGGUUGCCAGAAAUGAUCAUGUUUGUGUUUUGUAUUUAUUUGAUUGAGCUGUCUGAAGAUGAAGAUGUUCUUCAGCAUAAAUAAGGGUCUUAAAGUCCGGUUUUUUUUUUAAGCUUGUAAAAAUAAAAUGUUGUGUGAUUAAGGUUAUUCCACAGAUAUUUUAUGAAUGGGGGGAAAAAAAUGCAAAUGUAUAACUUUUCACAUGCCUUAAUUUCAUUUCAUAUUCAUUAUCAUUAAACAAUUCACUUAUUCAGACUAAAAAUCAGCUCCCUGUCUGCAAUAUAAGAACGUAAAUAAAAUAAACUGCUGGGAUAUUUUAAUACUAAUUUAUAAAAGCAAAGUAUGUAAAACAAAUGAUGUGUUUCAUGUUUAGAACCCCCCUUGCCUUUGAAACUACACAUUGCAAUGUAAAGCAGUGACGUAUAAAUGGCACAUGAUUGAUAUUCUGUCAUUCAUUUGACAGAACUGACAAUACAUAUUGGCAGUGUGAGCAGUGCUGGUUUACAAGAAUAAGGUUUUAGUGGAAAACUAUAGAUACUCAGUAUAAUUAUAAAAUGCUGCAUGUUAUUUUUUCGGGGGAGGGGAUAGUUUUUUUCUUCUUUUCCCUGUACAUGAAAUGGUGCUUCAACAGUGUUGAAGAUGCAAAUAUGCUGCAAAUGAAACUGAUUCAGUUAGUGUACGAUUGUGUGAGACACACCUUUUUUGCACUUAUGUACAUAGUCCAUGAAAAAUUUAAAAAAAAAAAUGUUGGAAAAUAUUUUGAAUAUAAAAGUCCAUAAAAAAAAAACACAGGGAAAGUUUGUAAAAGAGAUAGGUAUUACUGAGGCGUUGAAAAGAAGGCAUUUUGCUAUUAAAAAAAAAAAAAUAAUAUCUGAAAGCAUGAUGUUGCUUUGCCAUUGCAAAAAGCUUUGUAGCUUGCCAUAGUUUAAUAUGCAGCAUCUGAUACACAGAACACGUUUAAUAGGGACCACUGAAGAUGUUUUCCUUUUCAGCUGCAUAAAAAGGUUUGGGUUUCUUUACUCAAGAGAUGCUGUUCAUUGUACUACUAUGUAGCUAUAUAUAAUGAGUUCAGUAUAACACAGGUUUCUCUUGAAAUAAAUGUCUGAUUUUUAAUAUCAAUUUAACCCUCUCAGAGUCAAAUUGUUAAAAUGAGAUUAAACACCAAUUUUGUGAGGAAUUGUGCUUGACUCACAAUCCCUAGAGAGGCCAAAAACCUAUAACCCGCAAAUGUUGCAUAUCAAAUGGCUGGCAUAGGCAAUUUGCAGCAUUUAGAAAACCUGUUACAGAUUUUGCUUUUUGGCCUCCCUAAGGAGUUUCAGACUAAGGACAUUUAAGUGUUUAGUAGCCCUAUCAUAUAAUCAUCUGACAAAUCCAUAGAUGAGAGACCACUCUAGAAAUCAUGACAAAGGUCACACAACUAUAAGCUAUGUAUACAGGGCCCUUCUGUUUAUGUGGCAUUUUGUCAAGUUUUCUGGAGAUAGCUUUUCCUAGUUCUUGUAUGUCUGAGAUUUUGUUUUUAUGGCAGUCACUGUCAAUAGUUCAUCGGACAAGUAAACUUAUAAUGCGCUGACAUACAUUAAAAAGGAAAAGUGCAUAGGUUUGUUCUACUGAUCAUUUAAUUACUACAUAGUCUUCCAAUACUGGAUUCAACAUCUCUUUAUGGGAGGCAUCUUCAGUGCAAUUUAUGAACCAUAGAUGUCUGGAGAUCACUAGCAAAUAAUUUAAGUCCUUUGCUAACAGAAGGAUUUUGUCUGUUACUUGCGAAAAUCUGUCAGUUAUCUUUUUUUUACUUUUUAUUAAAUUUAUAGUAAUUAAAGUUGUUUUCAGUCACAUAAGUGUCCUUGGCUCCAUGGCUGAUUUAGUUUGGCACCUAGAUUAAGGAUUUAGAGUAAUAUAAAUUAUUGUCCAAAUAUAAAACUCAUCUGAAUCCAUUUGGGCAAAUUACUAUAAUGUGAAGUUAAAAAUACCUCGAACAUAAAUCCACUUGAAAGGGGAUGGCUUCCAUUUUAUGCAUUUAUAGUGUGUAUUUACCACUUUUAAUAAUACUAGCAGGGACAUAUUACACAACAUGGAUUAUUUUUCAAAACCUCUGCCAUCUUUGUGUUAAAAUCACAUAAAUAGUGUCAGGGAUUCUCAAUGUAGGUGUUCGGACAUUCUGGGGUGUCACAAAAAAAAAAAGAUUGCUUUGAGCAUAAAUUUAGUCUCAAAAAGUCUUUAGUGACACACACUGUGUAAGAUUAUUUAUACAUACUUUCUUAGCUCAAAAUAUUUUCAUCUUCAUUUAUGAAAUCUAAACACUAAAUUAGAAUUGUCACACAAAAAUUAAAAUGGAGCAAAGCAUGCGUCAGACUAAAAUAGCUUAGGAACUACUGGGUUACACAAUAAUAUUCCAUGUGCACGAAGUUCAAUGUAAACCUUUGUACUUUUAAUUUACUCUUAAAGUUCUGAAUUGCAUGAUUUAGGUUUCAAAACCAAUGUUAUUUUAUUGAAACUAUACAUUAACUGACUUGCAAGAGAACAGACAUUUUCCUUAGGGGAACAUUUUUUUCUUAGAGAUAUGUUUCAGAAGUAAUUUGUAAUUUUCACAACACAUGACAAUCAUUUUGCACUAACAUUACUGAUACAGACAAUGAUUUGCUAGUGAUCUUCAACCUCUUGCUUUUCAUAGAUGUCUAUCUGUUUUAUGGAACUCACAGGAAACAAAAUGUAUGUCAAAACUAAAGCUUCAAUGUAUUUGUUUUUCUUGUUUUUGCCACACACACACAAUGGAAAGAAGUAACCUGAUAAAAUUUACAAGGUUCCAGUUCAAAUCUACUGUACACAGACGCUCUACGAUAGUGAUGGGAGCCAAACGAUUUUGUUGCCAUGAUUCUUAAAUCCUAGCAGAUGAGGGGAUGACUGAACCAUCAGAUGCACGUCAAGGCUUACGUUUGUAGAAUAUUUAGUCAUCAACAUUUUGUAACAAGUUAUAUGCGAUUGUGAAAACCAACAUCAAUGUUAGCAAGUCAUUAAAAUUGCAUAACUGGGGAACAUAACUCUAAGAAGGUGUAGGGGUUAAUCAUGUUAUAAUGUUGACACAAGCUCAGUAACUUACAGUUGAUAAGAAACGAGAAUAGUUUGGCAUAUCCAGUUUGCCCUAAACCCAGAAAAAAAAUGUUACUUAAUAAAUAGAUUUGCAUGUUUGACAAAUAAUUCUCACAAUUGUUAUAAGCAUUAAAUAUAGUAUAUGAUUUUUUUAAAGAGGUGAUUUAGACUUAUGCAGAUAAUGCUCAGCAGAUUGACAAAUCGGGCUAGCACUUGUAGAGAUUGUACUGGUAGAAAGAUUGACAAAUCGUGCUAGCACUUGUAGAGAUUGUACUGGUAGAAAGAUUGACAAAUCGUGCUAGCACUUGUAGAGAUUGUACUGGUAGGAAGAUUGACAAAUCGUGCUAGCACUUGUAGAGAUUGUACUGGUAGAAAGAUUGACAAAUCGUGCUAGCACUUGUAGAGAUUGUACUGGUAGAAAGAUUGACAAAUCGUGCUAGCACUUGUAGAGAUUGUACUGGUAGGAAGAUUGACAAAUCGUGCUAGCACUUGUAGAAAUUGUACUGGUAGGAAGAUUGACAAAUCGUGCUAGCACUUGCAGAAAUUGUACUGGUAGGAAGAUUGACAAAUCGUGCUAGCACUUGUAGAGAUUGUACUGGUAGAAAGAUUGACAAAUCGUGCUAGCACUUGCAGAAAUUGUACUGGUAGGAAGAUUGACAAAUCGUGCUAGCACUUGUAGAGAUUGUACUGGUAGGAAGAUUGACAAAUCGUGCUAGCACUUGUAGAGAUUGUACUGGUAGGAAGAUUGACAAAUCGUGCUAGCACUUGCAGAGAUUGUACUGGUAGGAAGAUUGACAAAUCGUGCUAGCACUUGUAGAGAUUGUACUGGUAGGAAGAUUGACAAAUCGUGCUAGCACUUGUAGAGAUUGUACUGGUAGGAAGAUUGACAAAUCGUGCUAGCACUUGUAGAGAUUGUACUGGUAGGAAGAUUGACAAAUCGUGCUAGCACUUGUAGAGAUUGUACUGGUAGGAAGAUUGACAAAUCGUGCUAGCACUUGCAGAGAUUGUACUGGUAGGAAGAUUGACAAAUCGUGCUAGCACUUGUAGAGAUUGUACUGGUAGGAUGAUUGACAAAUCGUGCUAGCACUUGCAGAGAUUGUACUGGUAGGAAGAUUGACAAAUCGUGCUAGCACUUGUAGAGAUUGUACUGGUAGGAAGAUUGAUAAAUCGUGCUAGCACUUGCAGAGAUUGUACUGGUAGAAAGAUUGACAAAUUGUGCUAGCACUUGCAGAGAUUGUACUGGUUUGUGAGCUGUCUCCCCUAUGUAUAUGUCUACUGUCUAUGUAAUUCCUAUCUGUGUCCCUGUUUCUCUCACCCCCUUAAUGCUCAAGUCUGCACCCAGAUGACUCAAUCUCUAUCCAAUAAUUGUUUGAAACCACUCUUGGGCCAAGUAGACUUCCCAUAUAGAGAUAAAAACAUUUUAGAGGAGACGUGUGUGUAAAUCUGUGUUCCCUGCCCUUGUACGUGUCUCAUUGAACAGCUACCAGAAAAACCUUGAUAUUACUUUGUAAAUUACUGUUCUCAUAUAAUCUGUAGGAAUUCUAUAAAUUGAUAAUAUUUUAUACAUAACUGUUAAUGAACGCAUGUGGUAGAGCCUAACAUAUUAACAACAAUAAAUAAAUAAAAAAUGUUAUUGGGUAACAAAAGGGCAGCACUCGAUAUGCCAAAUCAUUCUUUUCUAUGUGUUCACUGCUAGAGGCACACAGAAAUGCGUAUCUCCAGCAGUAAUGGAAUGUGCACGCAUUUUGUAACACAGUCCAAAAUAAAAGCUCUAUAUGUAAUGGGCAUGCUGAGUAAUUAAGACAAGGUUAGGGUUCAGUAUUAAUUGUAACCAUUCCCUCAUCUGCUACUGACAUGGUGUAAGCUUCUGAAUUUCUUUUUUUUGUUUUGCCAGAUUAUAUCGCUAUAGUGCUUGUAUGUGCUUUAGAAAUGUGCAUAAUGCUACUCAUUUUAGUAUGUUACUUCUAUAUUGUUGUUUAUUUUUUGAUCUUUUAAUAAAGUAUAUAAAUUCUUGGUUA